AUGAGGGAUUCGAUCGUCUUACCAUCAGCCAUGCAUCUCAGCUGCAAGAUCAAGGAAACUUACGGUACACGCCAUGGAUCCGAGAGAGACCAAAUACAGCGACUACUUGAGGAGAGCACCAAGAACGUGGAAGGAACUAAAGAUGAAGAUCAAGCUGACUCAGAGGAAUCCCAAGAACACGUCCAAAAUGGGCCUAGACCAUUGGCUUUCCAACACAUCCCAUUUCUGCCUUGUGCGCACCCCAAUGUCAAGAGAAGAGAAGAUACAGUGAAUAACAAGACAACUGUUGCUGCCUCCAUGUUAAUCAUUGCCAUGGCCAUGGGAAGGGAGGUGCUUGUGGUGCAGCUUACCGUGCUCCAUUUGUUGUCGGGAGAGGACUUGCUGUGUCGUCUUACCUGGCCAUCAUCAAUCCGUUUGCUGAUGGUAGUUGGUGUACCUCUUGGACACUUGGGCGAUGUGGAUGUUGAUGGAGACUGGGCUUGGCCCCUCACUGAUGAUCAGAUCAUUCGUGCAAGCUUGGAGGCCUAUUUGGGAUAUGUCGUUGCACUCUCAGCUUUCCGUUCCGGGAAUUGA